CAUUUUCCCUUUAGUAGGUGCGUCAAAUGUCAUAAUAAUUCUUAAUUUUUCAGAAAAUUAGUUUGGUUUUGCCUUUUAUGUUCUUUUCUAUCUUCUACAAGCGCCUCGGUAAAUGUUUAAGUAAAAUUAUAUUUUCCUUGCACAGUCAGUGAGUUAGCAGUUUUGUCACGAGGUUUCCUUUGAUAGUCAUUUCAAGGAUCUUUGAUGUUCUACAAUGAGUUGCGAGGAUCGUCUUCAUAAAAGGUAGCAAGUGAUUUUCACGCCCACAAUAGUGCGGAGAAGGACGCGGCGUAUGUUUUGUGUACAAAAACUUUAUAUAUAAUGUGUGGAUUCACGUGAAGUGCGGAGAUCUGGAUGAGAUAAUGAGUGAAUCACCUGGCGUGGAGUGGCUGCCCGCGUACAGCCCGGGCCCGCCGCGCCACAGCCCUCUUGGCCCCAUCCCUCGCUUCCUCUACGAAGAUGUGCAACCUUUAUCGUUCCAUCAGGAAAACAAUAACAAGGAAAGCGAAUUAGAGACCACCAACAAGAUCAAGCACGCGAAACCCGCGUACAGCUAUGCAAGCAUGAUCCGUCUCGCCAUCAACAGUUCGCCGAGUGGAAAAAUGACUCUAAACGAGAUAUAUACCUACAUCUGCAACACAUUCCCUUAUUACAAAGAGGCUGGAAAGGGAUGGAUGAACUCAAUAAGGCAUAACCUGUCUCUGAACAAAUGCUUCAUGAAGGUGGCACGCAGCAAGGACGACCCCGGUAAAGGCUCCUACUGGGCCAUGGACAGCAGCUACAAAAUGGCCGAGGUUACGCCACGGCGACGCCGCAGUCUUAGGAUGGCGCCGUACAGCCCAGAGUGCAGCUCCAACAGUAGCGGCGAAGCGGCGGGCGUGCCGGGCGCUGACGCCGCGCCCACGCCGCCCGCCACGCCCACCACGCCCACCUCGCCCACGCUGCUCAGCGCCGUCAAGGACGAGGUCAAGGAGGAGAGCGACUCGAAGGACGACGCGCUCACCGCUCUCAUGAACGAGGAACUCAUGGCGGACGCUGACAUUACCAGAGAGCCCUCGUGGUGCGACGGCGGUCGACGUCACAUAUGCAGUUCGCUAAGGCACAGCUCUUUGACCGACGACUAUGGCAAUUUCGUCGUUCAGCGCCUCGAUGACUGCGAUUGCCCCGUCAUCGAAGACCCCGAGCCCCCGCCCCCACAGCCCCCCCAACCCUCAUUCACACAAAUGCCUUUCUGGCCUUCAGAGAUUUUAUAACACCGGACAUACAACGUCGGAGAUAUUAUACCACGUAAGUCCUUUACUAAACUUUACUAGUAGUCUAGAACUGCUAGUUGAACUGUUUUGAUGCCAGUAACAAUUAGUUUUGUAUUAUGCCAGUAUAUGAGAUAUAAACUCAAUGGAAUAUGGUGAACGCGCCAAUAACAACACGUUGAAUUUCAUAAGCUAAGCAGUUCUAUCUCGUAUUACGUGCUACAGUCCCGUUCAUUCGUCUUAAGAAUGCAGUUCGAAAUUUAAACCGACCAAUCCUAUGGCCUUAAUAUCACGCGAAAUGGAGAAGAAACUAACCAAUAAAAGGGCUUUAAUAACAGUGAUAUAAAUUUACCUACUGCAUUCUUACGCGAGUUGACUAGUGUCUAUACAGAGAUGGUUGACAACUUUACUGAUUUAUUUUAAGGUUCCAUUUUGAACGUAUUAUGAAAAAUAAAUCUUUAAACAGAACGGCGCAUGUAGCAAAGAUGGAAUUGAUUAGGGUUACUGAAUUCGAUAAAUGGUCGACU